GAGACCUCGGAAACCCUCAGGGGACAGACCAUCGUUGGCCCCGACCCCCAGCCCAGUCCGGAUCCCAGGGUGAACACUGCGCCCGGAGCUCGGAGGGAGCCAGGAGGAGCGCGGCGCCCACUGCCGGGAGUUGCCCGACGGCCUGGCGAGGGCGCUCACGGGACCGGCCGGGGCGCUGUGCCCUCGGUGCACGCGGCGCGCCUGGCCGGGCGCCCCCGCCAACCCUGCCGGAAGAUGGUCAACGACCGGUGGAAGACCAUGGGCGGCGCUUCUCAACUUGAGGACGCGCCGCGCGAGAAGCCGCAGCGGCCGAGCUGCAGCUACGUACUGUGCACUGUGCUGCUGUCCCUGGCUGUGCUGCUGGCCGUGGCCGUCACCGGCGCUGUGCUCUUCCUGAACCACGCCCGCGUGCCCGGCACGGCCCCCCCGCCCGUGGUCAGCACCGGGCCGGCCGGGGCCAACAGCGCCCUGGUCACCGUGGAGAGAGCCGACAGCUCGCGUCUCAGCAUCCUCAUCGACCCCCGCUGCCCCGACCUCACGGACGGCUUCUCCCGCCUGGAGGGCGCCCAGGCCUCGGUGCUGCAGGCGCUGACCCAGCACCAGGCCGAGCCGCGGCUGGCGGGGGAGCAGGAGCAGGCGCUGCUGGACACGCUGGCCGAGCAGCUGCCCCGGCUGCUGGCCCGGGCCUCGGAGCUGCAGGCAGAGUGCGUGGGGCUGCGGAAGGGGCACGGCACCCUGGGCCAGGGGCUUAGUGCCCUGCAGAGUGAGCAGGGCCGCCUCAUCCAGCUUCUCUCUGAGAGCCAAGGCCACAUGGCUCACCUGGUGAACUCUGUCAGCGACGUGCUGGACGCUCUGCAGCGGGACCAGGGUCUGGGCCAGCCCCGCGUCAAGGCCGAUCUUCAGAGGGCACCUGCCAGGGGGUCACGGCCCCGGAGCUGUGCCAACGGCUCUCGGCCGCGGGACUGUCUGGACAUCCUCCUGAGCGGGCAGCAGGAAGACGGCAUUUACUCCAUCUUCCCCACCCACUACCCGGCUGGCUUCCAGGUCUACUGCGACAUGAGUACCGACGGCGGCGGCUGGACGGUGUUUCAGCGCCGGGAGGACGGCUCCGUGAACUUCUUCCGAGGCUGGGAGGCCUACCGCGACGGCUUCGGCAAGCUGACGGGAGAGCACUGGUUAGGGCUCAAGAGGAUCCACGCCCUGACCACACAGGCUGCGUACGAGUUGCACGUGGACCUGGAGGACUUUGACAAUGGCACAGCCUACGCCCACUAUGGGAGCUUUGGUGUGGGCUUGUUCUCUGUGGACCCCGAGGAAGACGGGUACCCCCUCACUGUGGCUGACUAUUCGGGCACUGCAGGUGACUCCCUCCUGAAGCACAGUGGCAUGAGGUUCACCACCAAGGACCGCGACAGUGACCACUCGGAGAACAACUGCGCCGCCUUCUACCGCGGCGCCUGGUGGUACCGCAACUGCCACACGUCCAAUCUCAACGGGCAGUACCUCCGUGGUGCCCACGCCUCCUAUGCCGAUGGCGUCGAGUGGUCGUCGUGGACCGGCUGGCAAUACUCGCUCAAGUUCUCUGAGAUGAAGAUCCGGCCGGUCCAAGAGGACCGCUAGCCUGCACCGCUCCGCCCUCCGGCCCCCCCCCCGCCCCCCUUGGGCCCGGCACCCGCUCGUCUGCUCUCCCUUUGUCAGCCUGUGCAUUGCUGACCCGCUCUCCAGUCGGGUUGGCCCAGGCCAGCCCCAACACCAAGCCCCCGGGCGAGUGAAGUCACAGAUCACCUCACUGCCCCCGUCCCCCCAGUUUGGUAAUGAAAAUGAUCUCUUGCCUCUGUUGAGGUGGAGGCAACUCUGACAAUCCCAAAUUCUGCCUGCCCAGACUUUCCUGCACUGUCUGCUGUCUCCUGGCAAGGGCGGACGAGUCUGCCCCCAUGCCCUGCUCUGGACGGUGCCCCUGGGCAGCCCCUCCACUUUGCCAGCCCAAGCACCCAGCAUUUGGGGACACAGAGAGUUGGGGCAGGCAGCACCCCUGGACGUCCUUUUAGCAGGUAGGAGGGGAGUGCUCGGCAUUGCUGAAGCCAGGUGUGCUCCUCACAGCCCCUGGUUCCGGGGUGCCAACCCUGCCCCUCCGUCAGUCUCAAAUGAGAUCCAGGCAGCUCCUGCCCAGCUCCCUGCCUCUUUCCCAUCUGGGGCAGUGGGGGACCCCACCCCCAUUUCUCCUGCUCUGGGAGGAGGGGGCAGAUCCUGCACCACUGGGCUGGGCCGAGCCAUUGGGCUGGGAGUGAGGCUGGGCUAUGGCGGACCUGGUACCACCCUCCACCCUCACCCCUACUACCGGUUUCCAGAGAUUCCUGGAUCUUAAGGCCUCCUUGGGGAGCUGGCACUGUAUGCGGAGGUAUUUGGUGGCUGUUUCCCCAUAUGGCACCGGAGGCCGCCCCCUGCUGGUGGCUCUGGGCACUGCCACCUCCACAGAGCUGCGUGUGUGUGGGGUCUCACUGAGGAAAUGGGGAUGAGGAGCCUGAGGUGCUGACAAGCACCUCAUAUCCAUUUUCUCAUUUUCUACUCCAAUACUCAUGGUAAUAUUGUAACCUGCCCCCGAUGGAUGAGAAGGGGAUGGGGGGAGCCAAGCUCACCCGGCCAGCAGGGGCAGGACUGGAACCUGGGUUUGAGUCCAGAACCAUAGCCCUUCACUGCCUGCCCAGUAGCCUUGGGACCCAGAUGCGUAUGCUCUCAGAACCAAAUGCAGGGCUGCUUUUCCAAGUCCCCACCUGUGGGACCUGAUGUGGAGGAGAGGCGGGGACCCCGGGAAGUCAGCCUUGGGGAGCUGCUCAGACAGUGGCAGCACCAGCCCGCCCUUGCCCGGAGGGAAGGAGGGGCUGGAAAAGACAGCCGCAGUCCCGCGGAGGCAGGCAAGCAGGGGCAGUGCUGUGUGGCUCAGCUCUCCCUCCUCCUCCUGCCAAAGUUUGUGCUUCAAUAAUAAUAAACUGGGAUCUGCCAGGGGCAGCAGGAAAGGCCCAGAGUGGCUGUGACACCCCCCUCUCCAGCUCCACCCUGGUCAUCAGCAUUCAACGGAUGUCCAUAGGACAUCUGCCAUGUGCAAGGCACUGCCCCGGGUGCUGGACAAGGCAGGGUCCCUGCCCUCUUGGCGUUCAGAGCCAGAGGAGGAAAUGGCCAAGAAACAGGCGAUGGCAAUCCAGUGUGACUGAGGCAGAUGCAGAGCGAGGGGCAGUACGUGAGCGGGAGAUGUUUGCAGGAUUACCACAGAGUUGAAGGAAACUCUUGCCCUCUAGAAAGCAGGAGAGCCAGCCCACCUCGGCCCCAGGGUCCCCAGUCACAGAGCAGAGGCCUCUCGAGUGUUCAUCCCAGGGCAGCCACCACCCCGCACCCCCCCCAGCCCGAGGCGGGAGCUGGCUUCUGUGCCAGCUUGGCAGUAUCAGUUGCUGUUUAGAAAGUGCCAAGCGUUUUCUGAUCUGUCAUCAAACAAGCUCCUGGCGAGUGUGAAAUGAAUGGAUUCACAGAUGUGUGUGCGUCAGGAGGUACAGAAGUGGUUCUGCCAGAGCCUGGCCGCAGCCCAGAUGCACCAUAGCUUGGGGUCUGGCUGGGGCUGGGGUGAGUGAUGCUUCUUCAGCUUUCCACACACUGGAGACACCCAUUCCUUCCAGAGGCCCAGUUAAUGCCCUAGAGCAUCAGGGCCAAUCCCUCAGGACUGCAACCCCUGGGGGCUGGGGCCCUGCCACACACUUGCCGAAUGGGGACAAAGCGGGCAGUGGUGGGGAAAUCCAACCUCCCCCACCUCCUCAAGGGCAGCCCCUUCAAGGCUGGUGCUAAGAACAGACGUUCACUUGGACGCCAGCCUGAGCCCUGCCUCCUGGAGCCCGCAAUCUGGAGUCUGUAUGGAAGGCCAUCAGCCAAGAUGGAGUGAGCAUAGGAAGAAGAGGAUUAGGAAAGCCAGUGGGGCAGAGGAAGCUGUGACCCAAGGGAUGCGUGGCAGGUGAGCAGGCCAAGGGAUCAGCCUGUGCAAAGGUUCACCAGGACCAAGGCCACUAAACCUGGACCCUGCCCCGCUGGACCUGAUCGGGUGGUUUGGUGGCUGGCCAUGCUGGUCACAUGUCACCCGACCAAGGUCCCUGCCUCUGUCUUCCUUGGGUGAGAAUUGCGGGCCAAGUCCUGGGGGGAGGGUUGGGGCGGAGGAGGUCGGCCUGCUCUCUGGAAUGUUGAGGCACUGCACUUAGUUCGGGCAAGUUCCCCGAGUCCAGAGGGUAAAAGGACCCUCAGUUUCUACCUUGGGCCUUGGCAGUCAGCCUGGGAGCCACUGUCCAGCGGGGAGACAGGGACAGAGAUGGGAGCAGUUCCUAAAUUGCAUUUUACCCCUGCAGCUGUGUGUAAAUAGGUUUUAUGAUGUUUCUCUUUGGGGCAGAAGUGAUGUACUGAGUGCCUGCCUCUUCCUGUGUCCCCUCACUGCCACCUGCCCUCCUCCAUACAGGCCCCUGGCUGGCUUGGCUGGGGCUGGAACCCCAGAAGCUAGGAGCCAUAACAGCAGAGACCUGGCCACCCAGGAGCCCAUCUCCAAGUGGACGGGGAUCUAGAGGAUUAGUGUUUGUGUGUGUGUGGUGGUGGGGGGGGGUCAAAAAGUUGCCAGCCUGCAUCCGCUAAACCCCUGGCACCAGCUGGGGAGGGAGGAGGACGGGAUGCCGAGGGGCAGGGGGGCAGGAGUGAGGCCUGUGGCCCCACACAGAUCUCCGUCCUGUGGUCUGAGGAGUGGGAGGACACAGCAGGGGACUCUUAGAACCAGAACAGGGAGGCAGGACACCAGAGCUUUGGUCCCAGUGACCAGGCCUCCUUAGGACCUCAGUUUUUCAUCUGUUUGCAGGGAGAAGGUUGUCCCAAACCUUUCCCCAAACUCUUGAGUGGGCCAAGCACCCACAGGACUGCAAACCAGAGAGCUGAGGUUGGACCUCAGUGGGAU